GGGACAGCUCCCAGGUGCUGAAACUGGUCGGAGACACGCCAGCGUUCUGCGUUAGAGUCCAAAAAUAAAUAAAAUAAUAAAAUAAUUAACCCGAAUUCCGCGAAACGGGGGGCAGACACGAGGCCUUCAGAACAGAUGGCUGCCACUCAGGAUGUCAAGGGGAAAGGAGAAGGAGGAGACCAGAAUUUUGACUACAUGUUCAAGCUGCUGAUCAUCGGCAACAGCAGCGUGGGCAAAACCUCCUUCCUGUUCCGCUACGCCGAUGACGCCUUCACCUCAGCCUUCGUCAGCACGGUGGGCAUCGACUUCAAAGUGAAGACCGUGUACAAGAACGACAAGAGGGUCAAGCUGCAGAUCUGGGACACUGCAGGCCAGGAGCGCUACAGAACCAUCACCACAGCUUACUAUCGCGGCGCCAUGGGCUUCAUCCUCAUGUACGACAUCACCAACGAGGAGUCCUUCGGUGCUGUGCAGGACUGGUCAACCCAGAUAAAAACCUACUCGUGGGAUAAUGCUCAGGUGGUGCUCGCUGGGAAUAAGUGUGAUAUGGAGGAGGAGAGGGUGGUCUCAGUGGACAGUGGUCGGCUGCUGGCUGAACAGUUGGGUUUUGAGUUCUUUGAGACGAGCGCCAAGGACAACAUCAACGUCAAGCAGACCUUCGAACGUCUCGUCGACCUAAUCUGCGACAAGAUGUCCGAGAGCCUGGACACGGAUCCGGCCGUCACCGCGGGAGCCCCCACCGCCAAGCUGACGGACAGCGCCCCGCCCCUCCAACAACCCGGAUGCAACUGUUAGUGACCGACGUUUGGAAGCCGCACAGGUCCUGUUAGGUGGUCGAGUGAGCAGCAUCCUCACUCUGCUUGUGCUGCCUUCUCCGGACUGCACUUCAAACACUCUUUAGUAGUAAAAAGUCGCAUCGUCUCCCAAACUUUAUCACCUUAUAUAAAGAGCAAAUAACUAGGAAACAAGUCACGGCUAACGUAAAAUGCAUAACGUCACAGGUUAUCUAGAACAUAGCGGAACAAUAUCCUUACUCUUCAGCUAGUUAGUAUAAUAAUAAACCGAAUAUAUUUGACAGAGUUUCAAAUAGUUCACACUCAUACUGCACAGGUAAGACCUUUAAACUUGUUAGGAAUAGGAUGAAAGGUAGAAUCAGUGACUGCUUUAAUAAGUUGUUCAAAAUGUCCUUUUACUUUUUUUAUUAUUUUAUUUUGACUCGUAAAGCUGCCAAAUCUUUGAUUUAUAGCACUAGAAGAUGUAGCGGCUUUCUUACGUGUAACGACUGUAAUAAUAAGCGUCUGGCUGUGACUGUACAGUAAGUGAGCGUGGAUUUGCAUGAGUGUUAAUGUCACGUCAUAAUGCCAUAAAAAAGUCAACUACCUUUGGGGAAAAAAAGUGGCCUUUUAGCAUCUCCAACACGGCCCCUGUUUAAGUCCCUCUGUCCUGCGUACUGUUGGAAUGAAAYGACUCUGUACAAUGUCGACGUGAGAAGUUUCCCCCCAUAUUUCUGUUUCUACAUGUGUCAUUUACUCCAAUAAKUAUACCCUAAAAUCUUAAAAGCAACUCUGUUAUCGUCCUCAGCCUGCAAGAAGCCCCUUUGCUGUUUCACUCAAAGAGCAUGCUGCCAAAAAAAAAAAAAAAAAAGUCAAGCGUAUGUCCUGUUUUUUUUCUAAUGGUAGGCCUUUUCCCAAAGCUCUUCGACCUCAGCUCCAUGUGUUAGCAAAGACACCGCAGUCCAUCAAACGAAAGUGUCAUGGCRUCAAAGCACAGCAACGUGUGUGACAAAACCAGAUGAUGUGUCCUGGCAUGGAAUAAACAGCCAUAAAUUUUUAAGCCGGCAUGUUUAGUGCUGUUAAAUAAAAUCCUGUCUUAGAAAAAAAUAAAAAUGAAAAUCUCACUAAGUUGCUUAGGGGAAGCUUUUCAUCCUUCUUUAACGAUCAGUGCAAACCUUGUAGCUGCUUUAAAAAAGUGUUUAAUUAACUUCAUAGGGGAAACAAUUUUUGUGCCAAAACAUUACAUUUUUUUUAUUAGCAAUGUUAAUUGUUGCAUAGUUGAAUUAAAUCAGAAAAUAAAAAAAAUGCAUGACGUCAGUCCUCACCUGUCAGUGUAGAGUUAUGUUUUAGGACACUGUAUAUAUCACUCUGUGUAACAGAUUUAGGAGCAUUUCCAUAGCAUUUGCUAUGAGAUGCAAAGGGCCAAUAAGUGCAAUAUUUUAUGAAUUAAAUUCUGUAAAUAGUUUCUUCUGUCCUCGAGUUCAACAACUCCUAUCUGUGGUAUGUGAGUGCUGAUUGGUCGAAAUGGGUCUGAAAAUGUUGCGCUCUGAAAGAGGUGCUUCAUUCAGAACCUGCAGGCACAGAUUCUGUGACUUGACGUGCGUGUGUGUAAGUGUGUAAGUGUGUGUGUGUUUACCUGCCAUAAUGCAGAGAUAAAUUACAGUUAUAAAGUGUAUUGUUUGUGUAUACCUUUUGUACCGAUGUAUUUGCGUGCUGUAUGCUGUUCCUGCUAUCUGUUGGGUGUCGACUGACCUAUUAUCAUGUUAACAUGCAGUGUUGUGAAGAUAGACAGGGAGAUAACUUAGUCCAUGCCAUAUGCCGUACUGUUUAAACUCACAAAAGAGAAAAAAAGGGAAACAUGAACUAGUUCAAAGAUCCUGUGCGUUGGCACAUGUAUAAACUCCGAGUUAGCAUCUGUCUGUGUGUAAUAGUACAAACUGUCACCAUGAAUUCAAUUAUAAUAGAUCUUCAGUCAAGAUUAAUUUCACAGAAAAAUGACGGCCAAACAGUCAAUCUGGUAAAAAAAAACCCAAAAAACUCAUUUUAGAAAACUAAGACUUUACAUAUGACUGAAUAUAUUUCUUGGAGUGCAAACAAAGUAAAGAGUAUGUUUUUGAGAUUAUAGGAAAUAAAUUCAAAUUCUAUCA